UGUUAAAAGUCGGUCGAGUGUGCUGAGGAGUAGUGUGCUUUUUAAAAUCUCUAAACUCUGCUAAAAGAAUAUUGUGAAGCGCUCUCAAACAAAGCAUGACUAUUGCCGAACAAAAAUCUUGUACCAAUCGGCAGCAGCAGGGUCAGCUUUGUAAUAACAUAUAUCCUAAUCAACAAGUGCAACAAACUAUGCAGAAUAACAACCCGCAGCAGAAUACGUAUGCAAUUAAUUCAAGCAAGCCUCUAAAAAAACAAACUAGUGCGUUGGAUAAUAUUGCUUUUCAUCUCGGAAUUAAAGAUUCAGACAGCGAUCAAGCUAAUGAUCGAAAUCUUUAUGUAACACUAUCGUUGUUAGGUGUACUGUUCAUAGUAUUCAUUGCCAGUGUUACAGGAUUUUUUGUUAUGUGGUUCACUGAUGUAUACGACAAUUCACUAUUAGAGGUUGUUUUUGAUAUAUUCAUAGUAAUGAUAACUGCGGAAUGGUGGGAAAGACCUCCGGUCAACCCACUAUUGAAGGUACAUGUGUUCAAUUAUACAAAUGUUGAAGAGUUCAUCAAAGGAGAAGCAACGAAAUUAAAAGUAGUAGACCUGGGACCGUAUGUAUAUCACGAAACAGCAGAGAAAGUGAACGUUUCAUACAACGGUGAUGGAACUAUAACUUAUAAGGAACGGCGAUCUUACCAAUUCUUGGCGAAUCAAUCUAGCGGUAUGCAAUAUGAUAAAGUCGUAAUUCCAAAUGUACCAAUGCUUACUGCUGUUUCGAAAUACUUUCAUGAGUCAUUCUAUAAAAAAAUGAUUUUAAAUACCGCACUGAACAGUGUUAAUGCUGUUCCAUUUAAAACACUUCCGGUUGAUUCUUUCUUGUGGGGUUACGAGGAUGAACUUUUAAACCUGGCAAAAAAAUUCUCUUUCGACAGUGAAAUAUCAUUUGAAAAGUUUGGAAUCCUAAUGACGCGGAAUGGAACCAGUGCUGAAACAUUUACGAUAUACUCAGGCGAAACAGAUUUGAAACAAUUGGCUAUUAUAAAGGGGCUAGAUGGAAAAUCUUCGUUAGAUUUGUGGACUACAGACGAAUGCAACCGAGUGGAUGGAACAGAUGGUUCUCAAUUUCCACCUCAUUUGAUGGACAAACGGCAGACUUUGUAUGUGUUUAUCAAAUCUUUAUGCCGAAAAUUUCCGUUGCAAUAUGAAAAAGAAGUAACUUUAUUUGACGGAAUUCCUGCAUGGCGAUAUAAAGCUCCUCUAGAUGUAUUUGCGCAUCCUAAUAUUAAUGUUGAUAACCAAUGCUUUUGUCAUCUCGGUUCGGCAUCUUGUCCACUAAGUGGAUUACUAAAUGCCACUCUGUGUUCAUAUGGAGCCCCUAUUUAUGCUUCAUUCCCACACUUUUAUACUGGUGAUGAAAAACUGCUGGAAACGGUUGAUGGUCUACACCCGCAGCGAGAAAAACAUGAAACUUAUGCCGAUAUUCACCCACGGCUAGCUUUUCCAAUCGAUGGUGCAUCACGAUUUCAGAUUAACGUUCAAGUGAAAAAGACUUCGUACAUUACAGCUUUAGAAAAAUUCGAAGACGGUGAUAUUCUACCAGUCGUUUGGCUGGAAGUAGUUCCGGGUGUAAUCUCAGAAGAACUUCGCAACAUGAUCUACCACAGCACCUUUAGUGCUAAUGCAAUUCAGUUGUCUUUCAAAUAUGGUUCACUUUUAAUUUGUGUGACCACGCUCGCGCUUCUAACCAUGGCGUGCUACUGCCGUACCAAAAAUAGUCCACAUGUUACAUACAGUUGUAACGAACAACCUACUCAAAAGAAAGAAAGUGAUGGUACACAGCGGUUGAACUCGUCGAAUGAAAUGAAGAACCAUGAUAUUUAAUAUUAAUAGAUAAUAUUUAAAAAUAAUUAGCUUAACAGUAUAACUCAAUUUAGAUCCAAUGAUGGUUGUACAUAACUGCUAGUUGAAGGUUACAAGUGAGUGUUAUCCUUUGUAGUGCCAACAAACAGAUGUUAGAGGGGAAUGUCCGAGACAGGACGUCUCAGAAAAGUAGAAAAGUUUGGUAUUUUAGAAGAAAAAUAAGGUAACUGUAACACAGAUACAGUUGCAAUCUGAUUAACAAUUAUUCUUAAAUCUCAUGAUUAAUGACUUAAACAACUAAGCAUACUUAACUAAGGAGGUAUACAUUGCGUUUUCAUAAACACUAAAAUCCAUACCGCACCGCCUGUAGCGCGGUGUAGAUUCCAGAAUCACAGAGUUUUGUUCAUGCUUAAAUUUGGGACCCUAUCAUUUCCUCCGCAAUAUUUAAUUCUGUAAGUAUAAAUUUUUCUGUAAUAUACAUACCCAAGGAACAAUUUUUGCUUAUUAAACGUUUCACCGACAGCUUUUAUUCAGCACAUGCUGUAUAGCUGCUUUUAAAGUAUAUCUAAACACCUCUGUUCAAUGCUUAUACAGUUGGUUUUGGAGAAUUUAAACAGCACAGUGCUGAAUAUGGACGUGGAAGAUGCGUUUGUAUGACUGUUAAUCAACGUAUAGUAAGACGUUUAUUCAGUACGCAUAAAGAUGUUUAUUAAACUGCUGCUAAUGACACUGAAGCUACGUUUAUUCCACAGCAGUUCAAUAUUUAGACAAGCAAAAAGAAUAAAAUAUGCAGGAAGUAGCUACUGUUAUUUUAUUUUGUGGGUUUCGUUAUUUUCAUGUUCACUUUUGUAUUCGUAUUUUUAUAAUUUAAUGAGAGACUUAGUAGGAAAUCGUUGGUUGACUCAAAAUUUAUCAAGCCUGCCAUUUACUUUUUUCAUUCAUCCGGAUUCGAACUUACAUCCUGACGAUCGGAAGCCAUCGACGAACACAUCUGAGAUAAUCUGACAGAUGACAGGCGCCGAGUUUUUAGCCGAUGUGUAUUUACCAGUUUAAGUUUGUCAAGCAUGGAACAAAAAUGGGCUAAAAUACAUUUAAGUGCUGAAGAGUAGUUUCUUAAAUCAUGUUUGGCAUCUGCUGUACAAGGUUGCUUUAGAAGCAUUUAUUCUACACAUAUUAAACAUUUAAUAAACUAUUUGUGCUAAAGUAUUUCGCUUGUACCACCAGCAAUACCAGCAACAUAACACACUCACAACGCAAAGUUUUUUUUCUCUUGAAUAUUGACGACGGUGAGCGGUGCUACUGAGUGAAAUUCACUGGAAACUGGAAAUCCAGAACUUUCGGCUAGCUGCGAACAUUGUGUGCGAUUGUUCAGUUAGUUAGCAGUGAUGUUAUUAGUUAGCAGCAGUAGUGAUUAGUUAACAGCAGAAGUGGUUCGUGCCAGUACCGCAGAGGAAUAGUACUUUUGUCACCCCGUCAUUAGUUUACGCAGAUAGUACUGCUUCCUGAGCUAAACGCUACGUAUAUUUGUCAUCGGAUCGGAUUUAGUUUUUUUUAUCUAAAAAACAAAAAGCAGCAGUUGAUGGCAAGAGCAGAAGUGGGUUUUUUGCGCACCGGCAGCGGGAGCUGAUCACGCGAUUACGGUACGGCGCUACCAGCAGUGGUGGUAUCGCCACUAUGCCACCCGACCAUAACAAUUCUGGUGGCUUUAGCCCGACGCAAUUCAUCUCGCUGAGCAAAUCUAUUGUGAGUAACUCGCAAAGCGUCAAGCAGAGCUGGUUGCCUUGGACGAGGGAUAACGACACGCCGAGGGAGAAGAUACAUACCGUCCAGACAACAACAAAUAAAAGGAUUGCCACGACCAGCAAAGACUUGUCUGCUAAAAGUGGUAAUGAAAAUUUUUUCUAUUCUUAAUCUGUAAAAAAAAGAAAUAAAGUGUACCUAAUAUAAAUUUAUUUAUAUAAAUUAUAAAGUGUAAAGUAUAAAGUGUCAUUCAAGUUAUUGGUGUUAUUGGCUGCCAUCAAGCACUAUUUAUUCCACACCUGCUCUUGGUGGUGCUACUGAUACGUUUGUACGACGAUUAAUCGACACAUAUUUCACACUUGCUCUCAACAAUGCAGCAGAUACGUUUGCGCAACUUUCAUUCGACCCUUAUUCCAUCACUAUUCCACAGUUGCUCUCAGCAAUGCUGGUGAUUCGUUUGCGCAACAUUUAUUCCACUUUUAUUCUGCACGUGCUGUCAGCAAUGCUGCUGAUACGUUUGCGCCACGUUUAUUCCAUCCUUAUUUCACUACUAUUCCACACGUGCUUUCUGUAAUACUGCUGAAACGUUUGCACAAUGCUUAUUCCACUCUAAUUCCACUUUUUCUCCACAAUUGCUCUUAGCUGAUACGGUAGCUUUUAAGCGACCGGUAUUCCACACCUGCUCUUAGCUGUGCUGCUGAUACGUUUGCACAAUGCCUAUUCGACUCUCGUUCCACACUUAAAUAACAACAUGUAGAUGUUGAUUAAAAGCUAGGAAAAAUGUGGGAUAUAACGUUUAAACAACACGCACUUCAGCAAAUUCGCUUAUUCAGCACUGGAUGCUACCACGCAACUCUUAUUCCACACCUGCUCUUUUAACUGCUGCCGUUUUGUUCCUUGGGUAGUUUAUGAAGUACUUUGAUCAUCAGGCACAAUGGUAGAACCAGAACUUACAAGAACGGAAAUAAGUGGUAGGUCCCAAAUUUAAGCAUGGCCAAAAAUCUGUGAUUCUGACAUCUAUGGCUACAGGGUCUAAAAACUACUGAGGCGUCAAGGCGAUUUCGAAAUAUUAAGUGUCAAGACACAAAAUGUGUACAUACACAAAAUCAUCUUCACACAUACAUAAAACACAAACAUACACAUAGAGCACACGUACAUUUCGGUUCUACAUUUUGAUCAAAUUGGAUCGGUUUUAAAGUGUCAAUUCUGAACUCGCAAAGGAUUUGCUUAAUAUUGCUGAUUGCAAGGAAAAUUGUACCAUCCAAAGUGCGCAAUCGCUCAUAAAAGUGCAAUUUUACAUUACAUCGUUUCGGUAUCUUCGGCGCACUUUUCCGUUACAUUCCAAGCAACAAGUGCGUCGAACAGACCGAAACGAUUAAGGCUAAAUAGCAUCUUUAUAAACGCUUGCGCACUUAUUGAUUGGACAAUUUUGCUUGCAAUCACGGGCGAAUAUAUUUACAAUUCUUGCAAACACAUACAAAAGCGAAAAUGAUACAGAAAAAGCGCAUCCGAUGAAUUUAACUAUAAAUAGGACAGGUAAGUUUCUGUUCGAUCCUGUCCGUCUGUGUUAUAUACUCCCCGCAGCUACAACUGCCAAGUUACUACGUCGAAAAGGACUAAUGGCAAUUUAUAUCCUUUAGAUUAUUCAUUUUACAUUAUUUCAUAUCCAGCUUUUUACGAGCCAUAAUAUUUGACAUUUUAGCAAUACAUCGCACGUUUUCUUUCCGUUCGUUUCUUUGGUUUUAUCAUAAAACCGCGAUGUAUUGCUAAAAUGUCAAAUAGUAUGGCUCGUAAAAAGCUGGAUAAGAAAAUGUAUCCACAUUAGCUGAUUCGUGUAUAUGCGUGUCGUCUGUAUUUUGAAUAUUGAGAAUAUAUACGGGAUUUGGACCUUCAAAUCUUUUAUUUUUAUUGAAAUAGAUUGAAAUACAUUAUUUAUUAAAUGUUCGAUAGCUAAGCGGAGGGCGAGUGUGGA